GGCGACUUCGUGCAGUCCCACACGCUGGAGUAUCUGUUUUGCUGCGAGCAGGGAGCCGAGCAUAGACUGCUCCGCCGCAAGAUCUCCAGAGAGUUCAUCAAUGCCAACUUCCUGCCCGGCAACAACUCCAAGGUUUUCCUGCAGAUCGCAAAUGCGGCCGGCUGCCGGACCACAAAAGGCGCCGUGGAUUUCAAGGAUGUCGCAGCUAAAGUCCGCAAGUGCCUUCCCAAGAAGAUUCGCGUGCGAGGCAAAGAGGUGUCUCUUCCGAAGAUCGACUCGGCGCUGGCAACGCAGAACUCGUGCAAAGCCGUGGAGGUCCUCCAGACUUGGCUGUGCGGCCGGUGGGGUGGCAAGAAGCGACAGCUGCCGCCGCUGGUCUUGAAGCUCCAGACCUGCAACAAGGACCGGGUGUGCCACGGUGUGGACGAAGAGGAAGUGUCAGCAACGCUCAAAACGGA